AUGCUCACAACUCUGCUAUCGUCAACCCUUCGCAGUUACGAGAGUGAGGGCUGCGAAGACAAGCAUCUCUUUCUCUCCUGUCCAGGGUUCACUCGUGUCUCGCUAUACGCCGCCUCAUAUGGACAACCUUGCUCCAACUCAACCCCAACAGCCAUCACCUGUGCUCCCGCCAAUGCUGUCUCUCAGAGAGCUGUGGAAACUUGCCGCAAAAAAAGCAACUGUCUUUUCCAGCCUGCUGAACGAUCCUCAUGUGCCCAGCAUGUCAGGCUUUCCUACAAGUGCGAACCAAAUGAAUUUCACAGUCGAGUCGCCUGUGAGGAUGAGAAAUUUUCUUUGAGCUGCUCUCCCAACCAAAGAAUAGCGGUUUUCAGAGCCAGUUAUGGCAGAACUCAAUAUGAAAGUAUGCACUGCCCACAGCCUCAAGGUGUUCCUGAAGAGACUUGCUUGACAAAUUACGCGACAGAGAGCUUCAUGGAGCUGUGUCAUGGCAGAAGGCGCUGCUCUGUGGCAGCUGAUAUCAACACAUUUGCAAAACCACCUUGCAGACACUCAUCUCGGAUGUAUCUGAAAGCUGUCUACGCAUGCGUUCCCAAAAAAGUUCUACAAAAGGACCGGGUAUCAGCCAACGAACCUGAUGAGGAGCCAGAGGGAAAAUUCGAGCACGACAACUCAGAACCAACGCAAAAAGAUGCCAAAGUGGACUACGAUUCGGAAAAUGGAGACGACAUUCACGUACAGGAUGUCACUCAGGCCACUGUGACGUCAUCAUCAACAAGACUGACCACAAAUAUGAUAAAUGAAGACAAUUCUACUUCAAAAAAUACAUAUCUUAUUGAUAGAGGAUCACCCAAAGUUAACUGGAUGAAGGAAACGAGGAGAAAAAUGAAACCCACAUGUUUGAUGCUCUACUAUUAUAUAGGAUGAUUCAUUACAUUUCGAGCAACAAAGAAAAACUUCUAGCUGUCUCAGCAAUUUCAGCAGCGUUCGGCCUGACCAGCGUUUUGCUGUUUGUCAGCUGACACCUGUUCUGGUCCCGUCACCAACUCGACAAGGACGGCGUCUGGUCGCGCAACCAGUUAGACAAGGACAGCGGCCACAAACUGGAAGAGUCCAUCACUCUGCCCGCCAUAUCCUUGUCGGAGGGAGAGAGUGAGACAGAGAAUGACAUUGACAUGACCUUGGCGACUACUCCAAUCAGUGUACUGCCCCACAACUAUGCCAACGCUGAGAAUACUUUAGGGGAGGUAGUACGAUUCAGUGCCCAAGGAACGAAGCCGCGAAGUUUGGGCCAAAGUUACUUCUACUAUGGAUGAUAGCAACAAAAUCUUCAAUAUCAAAUCCCUACUUUAGUGAGAUAUUUUAUACAUAUCCAAACUAUAAACAUUCAUACCUAAUAAUUGUAUUUUUAAAUUCACACGGUGUAUGGUGAGAUGUUGUGAUACAUGGUCUCGGUUGCAUAAAAUCCCCUUUAAUUUUAAUCAUGGUUGAAAAUGUCACAAGAAACAAUCAGAGAAGUCAUCUCAUUAAUAUUAUUCUCUCUGAUUGGUUCUCAAGGUCUUUAAUUAUGAUUAACAUUCAACAGACUUCUGUGCAACCGGACCUUAAAUAUAAACUCAAGGAAGCAUUCUAGACUCUAUUAUAUCAUAUUGUCAACUAUCACAUUCAUUUACAAAAUAAAUGAAUAAAUAUGGAAUUAUAUUCUAAACUCUACAUAUUUCCAUGCCUUUUUAUCAUCUUCAAUGUGAGUUGAAUACUGUAGCCCAUAUAAAACUAUAAUUUAUCCAAUUAAC